CUGGCCGCCCUGAAAUGGCCAACGCCGGGAGAGCCACCGUGCUGGCCAGGGAGAUGCCGCUGGAGAACGGGGACCCAGUGAAGCAGAGGGGACAGCGGGUCAACGGCGAGGUCAGCGGUACCCCCCAGCUCGGGGGGACGGGGGACCCCCCGCUCUGGGGCACGCCAGCGCCCGACAGCAGCAGGACAGAGGCGAUGGCAGAGGGCUGGGAGCCAGGGCCAGUGCUGGGUGACGGGGACGUGACCCCCAGGGGGUCCCCACGGGGAGCAGGGCGGCACGAGGAAGCCCUGAUGGCCGAGCUCUCGGAGCUGGUGCAGAAGGUGGUGAAGAGCAGCAGCUGGUGGGACCGGCACGGCGUGGAUAUCGGCAUCCUCGCCUGCAGCUUCCUCCUGCUCCCGGCAGGGUUCCUGUGCCUGCGGUCAGCCCAGGCCAUCCCUUUCCUGGUGGGUGUCCUCACCCUCGGCGUGGUGCAUCACACCUUGACUGUGAAAGGCAGCCACCUGGCCAGCCACAACGCCUUGACUGAGUCCAAGUCCUGGGGCAAAGUGUGGGCCAUCUUCUUCAUUGAGCUCUGCUCAGCUUUUACAGCUGAGCAGGCCACCUACAACCACGUGAAGAUCCACCACGGCUACACCAACGUCAUUGGCCUGGGGGACUCCAGCACCUGGAAGCUUCCUUUCCUGAACCGCUACAUCUACAUGUUCAUCGCGCCUCUUGCGGUGCCCAUCAUAACCCCUCUGGUUGCUCUCGAUUUGUUGAGGAACGUGGAGUGGAAAGCAGCUCUUCGGACCCUCUGCUGCAUGUUUCUGGGUCUUUACUGCCAUUACUGGCUGCUGCUCCACAUCUCAGGCUUCCAGUCACCGUGGUCUGCCCUGCUCUGCAUGCUGCUCACCCGCUCCCUCCUGGCCCAUCCCUACAUCCAUGUCAACGUAUUCCAGCACAUCGGCCUCCCCAUGUUCGCGGCCGAUCGGAAACCCAAGCGGAUCCACCUCAUGAGCCUGGGCGUCCUCAACCUGCCCCGCAACGUCCUGCUCGACUGGUCCUUCGGCCACUCGCUCAUCAGCUGCCACGUGGAGCAUCACCUCUUCCCCAGCCUCUCUGACAACAUGUGCCUGAAGAUCAAACCCGUCGUCUCCCAGUACUUGAAGCAGAAGAAGCUGCCGUACAACGAGGACACCUACGCCUCCAGGCUCCGGCUCUUCCUCCAGAGAUACGAGGAGCUGAUGGUCCACGCUCCCCCCAUAACGGAGCUGGUGGGCAUCCAGUGAGGACGGGGCCCCAGGACUUGGGGGCUGUUUCCCAUGGGGCACUUGCAGCAGUGAUGGUUUUAGCAGGAUUGGGGCUACACAGACGCACACCUCCAUAAAGCCAUUGCGUAGGAAACAUCUCUCCCCGAUGUCUUGCUUUUGGCUAGAUAAUGAUGCACGGAGCCACUGC